AUGUCAUCUGGACAAAGGGAGCCCGAGCCGCUUCGCCGUAUCAUAACAACCCAUGAUUCUAGAAGUGGCCGAGCUAUCUUUAGCAACUCAGUUGGGGAGCAGGUGUCAUUCACGGGAUUUCCGGUUCCCCCGGGCAAGCCCACAACAUCGGACUAUGCUCUGGCCUACAAUACGAACACAUUUCCUGUGAAAGGGCUCUCCCCUUCGACUUCUGCAACCCCGGAGUCCAAAGCAAAUCUUGACAUUAAGCAAUAUCACUCUCAGCUCUCGGAUCCGUCGCCUUUGAAUCCGCCAAACGGCACUUCCUGCACAAUCAUUGAGGUGCCUCCAGGUUCACUAGUCCCAAUGCACCGAACAGCAACCCUCGACUAUGGUGUCAUAAUAGACGGCAGUACAGAAUUAAUCCUUGAUUCGGGUGCGAAAACUGUAUUGGAAAAGGGUGAUGUAUUUGUUCAACGAGGCACAGCUCAUGCUUGGCGGAAUAUAACUCAAGCGAAAGACAACUCUGGUGUUUUGCGCGUCUUUUUCGUGUUUCAACCUAUCGAACAGGUGCAACUGGAAGGCGGAAACAUCCUCGGGCAGGAUUUGAAUCUGUCUCUGAAAGAGGCUUGA